AUGGGAGGAAAGCGAGACAGGAGCGGCCGCGUGGGCGAUGGCGACAGCCUGGCAAGAAAGGAAGAACUGUCCGUGGGUACUGCCCGCAGAAAGAAGAAGGUUGUCCACAGAACAGCUACAGCAGAUGACAAGAAACUUCAGUUUUCUUUGAAGAAACUGGGAGUCAACAAUAUUUCUGGAAUUGAAGAGGUAAACAUGUUUACUAACCAAGGAACAGUCAUACACUUCAAUAAUCCUAAAGUUCAGGCAUCUCUGGCUGCUAACACUUUCACUAUCACUGGCCAUGCUGAGACAAAGCAGCUGACAGAAAUGCUUCCUAGCAUCUUAAAUCAGCUUGGAGCUGACAGUCUUACCAGCCUGAGAAGAUUGGCAGAAGCUCUACCCAAGCAAUCUGUGGAUGGAAAAGCACCACUUGCGACUGGUGAAGAUGAUGAUGAUGAAGUUCCAGAUCUUGUUGAAAACUUCGAUGAAGCUUCAAAGAAUGAGGCAAACUGAACUCAGUGUCACUUUCUGAAUAAAGUUAAAACUUGAAAAAGCUACAUGGAGCUGCUAUUUUAUAUUGUG